AUGCCUCCUAGAAAGGCCCCAAGAAAUAAUGUGGGAGCAGGAAACGAACCCCCACGAAGGGUUGAAGAACUCUUUCUUAAACAAAGCCCGCCAACAUUCAACGAGACUGGAAAUCCAACUGACGCUGAAAUCUGGAUUAGAGCAAUGGAAAGGAUUUUUUAUUUUCUUCACUGCACCGAUCAAGAGCGACUUUCUUGUGUUGCGUUCCAACUGACUGGAUCGGCAGAUUUUUGGUGGAAAACCAAGAAGAGAGCAAUGACACCCGAACAAUUGGAAAACCUGACUUGGGAAGACUUCAAGACAGAAAUCUACAACAAAUAUAUCCCCAAGAGCUACAGAAAGAAGAAUGUGACAGAGUUUUUCAAUCUGAAACAAAACAAGAUGUCCGUGACAGAAUAUGAUUGGGCUUUCUGCGACAUGUCCCGUUAUGCCCCUCAUUUGAUUGACACUGAUGAAAAGAUGACAGAAAAGUUUCGUUCCGGUCUUAGACAUGAGAUCAAGAUGGCGCUUACUAGUCAUGGUAAUCUCAACCAUUCUGAGGCACCUAGUAGAGCUUUGGAUGUCGAAGCAGCCAUGCUUGAAGACCGCCCAACACAGACUUAA